AUGCUUUUCCAACACCUUUGCGCUUUUCUGCUCGCGGUCAUUCCGCUGACCUCCGCGGCAGUUAUCCGUCCGUUCGCCAAAAACAACGCCUACUGGGUGGACGUCACAAAGUCUCGAGGCGGCCAGGUGUGGGACUUUGCCGUCUACGGCGACGGGUACGCCAAAUUCGACGACGACGGCGACCGCAAGAACCUCGACUACGUGGAGGUCGACACCACGGCCAAGCGCCUGACCGUCCACAACGCCCAGAACGCGUUCGACACCACCAAGCCGCGUCUCAAGAUGCGCGAGGUCCUCAAGGAGUGCUGGACGAUGACAUCCCUUCAGCCGGCCGAGCUGAAGGAAGCCCUCGCGGACUGCCGCACGGAGUUGAACAAGGGCCCCAGGGGGAAUUUCGAGGUGUCGGCUACGGACGGCGGCAGCGCUCAGCAGGCAUGCUGGGCCAGGCUCGGAAAGACCAUCUUUGCCGCUUCCAUCACGGGCGCUAUUGCGGACUUCGACAUCAACAAGAAACUUGUCAAGAUGGAGGUGACAAACUCGUGGACAGGAGAUGACCUCCUCUUUACUUUCUCUGCUUAA